CAAACCCUAAUCCCUCUCCUGCUUACUCAUUCCAGAACCCUAACUCCACCUCAGUCUCAAACCCUAGCCGCCCUCAAUCAUGCCGCCCAAAUUCGAUCCCUCGCAGGUCGUCGACGUCUACGUUCGCGUCACCGGCGGUGAGGUCGGCGCCGCCUCCUCCCUCGCGCCAAAAAUCGGGCCCCUCGGUCUCUCCCCCAAAAAGAUCGGUGAAGACAUCGCCAAAGAAACUGCCAAGGAUUGGAAGGGCCUACGUGUCACCGUCAAGCUCACCGUCCAGAAUCGCCAGGCCAAGGUCUCUGUUGUCCCCUCCGCUGCCGCUCUGGUCAUCAAGGCUCUUAAGGAGCCGGAGCGUGAUCGCAAAAAAACCAAGAACAUUAAGCAUUCCGGUAAUAUUUCACUUGAUGAUGUGAUUGAGAUUGCUAGGGUUAUGAGCCCAAGAUCAAUGGCGAAGGAUUUGAGUGGAACGAUUAAAGAGAUUUUGGGUACGUGUGUCUCGGUUGGGUGUACAGUUGAUGGGAAGGAUCCGAAGGAUUUGCAGCAGGAGAUCAAUGAAGGGGAUGUGGAGGUGCCGCUUGAGUGAAUGAGGGGAAUUUAUCAGGUUAAUCGCAAAUUAGGUUACAUGAAGCAAUUUUUCUUUUUUGUACUGAGCUUUGUUUAGGAAUUUAUGACUGAUGAUAAUUUAUCUAUAUCAGCUUGCAUUUGUUGUUAUGUGGAUCAAAUUUAAGUUAUUAACUCUUAUUUUCUCUGAGU